AUGAGGUCAGCAUUGUUACCUUCGAGACGGGCCAGUCACCUCUGCGACGCCUGCAAACAGCAGCACCGCAACCUAGCCAUCAGCAGCUUGUCUCCCUUAAGCACAACGCCUCGCCAACUCGCGAGUCCGUCCUCGAACACACCACGGACCCUUCAGAGCCUCCCGGCCCUUCCGCGCAUAACCCAGUCGCAGGAUCGGAUACGGCCACAGACACAGGCAAGACCAUUCUCGAGCAGCGUCGAAGACCUGCGGCCCAGAGUCCCCAGCACGCACUACGAAUUCUUCCCGCAGACGCUGCCCGACGGCCCGCCUCCGAAUGGAAACUUCGUGAUCGACGUACGCGCGCUGCGCCGCGAGUUCCUGAAGCUGCAGGGCACUGCGCACCCGGACAUGCACCCACAGCACCUGAAGGGCCGGGCGGAGGCGACAUCGGCGCGAAUCAAUGAGGCCUUCAAAACGCUCGAGAGCCCCUUGCUUCGCGCACAGUACAUCCUCAGCUUGCGUGGCAUCGACGUCGCCAAUGACGAGACGGCUAAAGUGGAGGACCCGGAGCUGCUGAUGGAGGUGCUGGAGACGCGCGAGACUAUCGAAGAGGCGCAGAAAGAGGAGGACCUCGAGGAGCUCAAAGUGACGAACGAGGAGCGGGCUCGGGAUAGCGAGGCGACGCUCGAACAGGCGUUUAGGGAGGACGAUGUAGAGGCUGCGAAGGCCGAGGUUGUGCGGUUACGGUACUGGAUUAAUAUCCGGGAGAGCAUCCAUAAUUGGGAGAAGGGGAAGCCAGUGGUGCUUGAGCACUAG